UGAUAAGAAUUUUUUCAGAUUCUGAAAUUUUUUUGGAAAUUUGUCAUAAUUUCUUAUGUUUUAUACACGUUUUUUGAGUGAAAUCAUUAUUAAAGUGUUCAGUUUUUCAUACCGUGUAAACUUUCAACUUCCCAACAUGGCGUUUUCUGAUAAAAAGAAACUCUCCAAGAAUCUUCUGGAGAUGAAAUUCAUGAGAACCAGCCGAGACCGAAUCGUCCAAGAAACAGAAGAUGAAGAAAGUCGAGUAUUAUUUGGUAACAUCUCAGACGAACUAAAAUCAUCAUCCUCGAAGUACAUCUUGCAACCAAGCUGGGCAAUCUGCGAAGGUUUGAAAUGUGGUCGACGAUCAUUCCGAGGCAUGAAUCCGGUAAUCGAACGUAUAAUGGCUCUGGACGAAGACGAUAAAACAGGAGUCAAACGACAAAUCAAAGAAGAAGACGUCGACGUAACGGCCGAAGAAAUGGCUAAAUUCCGCCAAGAAGAAUCCACGUUGGUUGAAACAGUAGCUAAGAAAUUCCGACCUAAAAAUGACGAACCACCAGCUAAAAAAAUGAAAUUCCUAAAACCGAAAGAUGAAUGAAUAUUUCUUUCGUUCGAUAUCCCAAUUCUUUCAUAUUGAAAGUGUUACCUUCCUUACCUUUGAUAAUUAUGUUUUUCUUAUGACGUUCUGGUUCUAUCGUUCGUAAUAAAUAUGUAUAUAUUUUUUCAA